AUGACCGAGGAGAUAUCGCUUUCAGUAGAGGACACAAACAAACUCCGACUCCAGCUUGGAUUGAAGCCCAUAUCGCUUCAGCAGGAAGAUUCUUCUCCAAUUUACGAGUUAUCCAUCGAAGAGACCAAUAAACUACGACUUCUGUUGGGCUUGAAGCCUUUGGAUUCUGAAAUAAGCAAGGGGCUGGAGCAAGCUGUUGAAGUCCAGAAUUUCAACAAUCAUCAAGAACAAAAAAGACGACAGCACAAUGAUGAAAAACUAAAGAAUAGAAUUUCAGACAAAAGACAGGAGAACAGAAACAACAAGAGGUUAAUUCAAGUUAGUGAACAACUGCGCAACGAAGAACCAGUGGACACAGACAAUUGGUUAGCCAAUUUAGGCAAGCCCAAGACUAAGAAAGCAAAAACUUCUGUGGCCAAGACAACUCAGCAAGACUCAUCACAAGUGAAAAUAGCACAUUCUGAAAAGGAGUUGAAGAACUUACAUAACAACGAUAUCCUCACUUUGGAAGACGCCGAUAUUCUCGAUGAAAACGAUGACGAGGUCGAUGUCUUAACUAACCAAAAACUUGUAGACAGUUCCAAGUUGAAGAAAGACUUGAAACAGCAAGCUGAAGAAGAGAAUAUAAAAUUUAAUGGACGGCACUACCAGGGAAGAUAUGAUGAGGAUGACAGUGAGGACGAAAAAGAAGUCCAAGGUGUGAUGAUUACUACAGGCAGUGUAAUUAAGCUUGAUAACAUUUCGAAAAAGGAAUCUGUAAAGAAAGAUAACAGAGUCACGAUUAGUAAUCUUUUUGACGAGUCGGAAGAUGAAGGGAUCUUUGAGUCGAACGACUUUUCAAAGCCCAAGAAGCCUGUUAAAAUGAAGAAAAUGAAAAAGAGUAAACUACUGACUAGUAGCAACUCCAGAGUUAGAGAUGACGAUAUCCCUACAGUUAAAGCUGUGGAGUUGGAAACUUUUGCAGAAGAUCUUGUAGAUGAAGAAGACGAUUUGCAGAGUAAAUUGACUACACGUCGGCGUUUGAAACAGAAAACGGAACGCUCCAGUUUAACCCCGGAUCAAAUUGCGAGUGAAAUAGCUAGAAACAAGAGAUGGGAUUUGGAAGCAGUAGCAGAAGAAAAUAUCGCUGGAGCUGCAUUGGGAGGGGAAGCGAUCGUAUUCAAUGAUACGACUGAAUUCUUGAGUUCAAUUGAUGUAAAUGGAGUCAAUUUGAAACCAGACCCCGAGAGCCAGGCAGAACCCGAAAUUCUGUCAGAGCCCCCGAAAAUGGAAGAGAAGGGAUUUGCUAUUAAAAAAGAAAAUGUCAGUUACUCAGCAACUAGCGUCACUGUUAAGAAAGAAGACGAUGACAACGAGAUUGCGGAAGUUGCGGAGUCGGAUUCUGGCCCUAAGUUUAACGGUGGUUUAGCUGAGACUCUCAAUUUUUUGCAAUCACGAAAUAUUUUGCACAAGUCCAGUGCUGGAGAGCAUGAUCAGGAAAGGAAGCGUAGAGAGGCCGCUCGAGAGUCAGAAUUGCUCAAGAUUAAGAUCUCGAUCGAAGAGCGUCUACUCAAGGAGGAGCUCGAGAGCAGCAGAGAGUAUAUGAAUCUUCCCAAGACAGAGCGAAGUGAAAUCUUUGAUAGAGCACUUGACCAACGUUUGAAGGAGAAGAACAUAGUACAGGAUGUACCAGCUACUAGAGGCGGUGCUAGAGGAAGAAAGUACAGAGGCCAUAUUGGCAAGGAUGAGGGCAAGUUGGCUGGGUACAAUCCAAAGGUAAAGCUUUCGUACAGGGACAAUAACGGAGACGAACUCAACACAAAGGAAGCGUUUAAGUACUUGUCGCAUCAAUUCCAUGGUGUUGGUCCAAGUAUAGGCAAAGAAGAGAAACGGAAGAAGAAGCAUUUGGAGGAGAAAGAACAUACUACAGAAGCUCGGAUAGUGUAG